GUACCUCACCAUAGCCAUCUUUGCAGCUGUCCAAGCAGCCGGUGUCACAAUUUUAACAAUUUCCACCAUAAUCCCUUCCCUCCGGCCGCCGAGAUGCACGGCGGAGUCACCACCGCAUUGCGCACCGGCCACCGAGUUUCAGCUGACGAUCCUCUACAUCGCGCUUUACACGACCGCCCUUGGAACCGGUGGCCUGAAAUCGAGCGUCUCUGGCUUCGGUUCCGAUCAGUUUGAUGAAUCAAACAGAAACGAGAGGGCCCAAAUGACCAACUUCUUCAACUGGUUCUUCUUCUUUAUAAGCAUUGGCUCGCUUGCCGCUGUGACGAUUCUCGUCUACAUUCAAGACAACAUGGGGAGGCAAUGGGGCUACGGCAUCUGUGCCUGUGCCAUUGUCGCUGGUUUGGUCGUGUUCGUCUCUGGCACCCGACGAUAUCGGUUCAAGAAGCUGGUCGGUAGCCCGUUGACGCAGAUCGCCACCGUGUUCGUCACUGCUUGGAGGAAACGGAGGUUGGAUUUACCGUCCGAUUCGUCGUUUUUGUUCGAUAUUGAUGACUUUGGAGACCAAGGACAUGGGAAGAACAAGAAGCAGAAGCUUCCUCGUUCCAAACAAUUCAGAUUUUUGGACAAAGCAGCUAUCAAAGAAGGAGAAAAAGGGGCUGCUAUUACAAUGAUGAACAAGUGGAACAUAUCAACCCUAACUGAUGUUGAAGAAGUGAAAAUGGUGAUAAGAAUGCUUCCCAUUUGGGCCACAAACAUCAUGUUCUGGACAGUCUACGCCCAAAUGACCACCUUCUCCGUCUCCCAAGCCACCACCAUGGACCGCCGCAUCGGAAAAUCGUUCCAAAUCCCCGCCGCCUCCCUCACCGUCUUCUUUGUAGGCAGCAUUCUCUUAACCGUCCCCAUUUACGACCGUCUCAUCGUCCCCGUUGCCCGAAAGCUGCUCAAAAACCCUCAAGGCCUCACCCCACUACAACGAAUCGGCGUCGGCUUAGUUCUCUCGAUCCUUGCAAUGGUGGCCGCAGCUCUCACUGAGCUGAAGCGCCUCGACGUUGCAAGUUCCAACGGCCUGGCCAACAUUAACGACCCGACCACUGAGGUUCCCUUGAACGUCUUCUGGUUGAUCCCACAAUUUUUCCUGGUCGGGUCGGGCGAGGCCUUUACAUACAUAGGGCAACUUGACUUCUUCUUGAGGGAGUGCCCUAAAGGAAUGAAGACAAUGAGCACAGGGCUCUUUCUAAGCACACUAUCUUUAGGGUUCUUUGUGAGCUCUUUCUUGGUGACAAUUGUGCACAAAAUAACUGGAGACAAGCCAUGGCUAGCUGACAAUCUCAACAAGGGGAAGCUUUACAAUUUCUAUUGGCUUUUGGCAAUUUUGAGUGCUUUGAAUUUGGGGGUUUAUUUGCUUUGUGCAAAAUGGUAUGUGUACAAAGAGAAGAGGUUUGCUGAGGAAGGGAUUGAGUUGGAAGAAUCAGAGAUGGUUUGUCAUGCCUAAAAGGAGUGGUUUAUGGCUUUUUACUUUUUAGUAUUAUACAUCAUAUGUCAAUGUCAUAUCUCUCCUUUUGCUUUUGAGGGGCAUAAAAGUUUAGUUUGUAAUCUCUUUGCAUAAAUUGAAAAGGGAAUAGAAAAGGGCAAAAAGAAAAAAAACAAACUUUCAAACUUUUGGGGGUGGUUUGACUAAAUUGUCAAAUCAAUGAUUAUGGUGAAUCAAUGAAAAGCAUAAGAAAUAAUUAGCUCAA